AUGCAUCCCUCAGACCUGUUGCACCUCCUAAUAUGUUUAGCUUGGGCUAAACUUAUAACAUCACUAUCAUGUAACUGUAAUAAGACAGCGACCGGAGAUAUAGCAUCUCGUCCACUAAGAAUGGCCAUUUUGGCACCGGAUAAUGAUCUUCAUCCAUAUUCUCUGAACAAAGUUUUACCACCGGUGCUAUACGCCGUCAGAUCUCAAAAGAAAAGAGGAGAAAGUGGUUUAUUGUCUGGUAGGCAGGUACAAGUUUUAUAUAGAGAUACUCAAUGCUCUUCUACGUAUGGUCCACUAGCCGCAUUCGAAUUUUAUAUAGAAAACAGUGCCGAUGUCUUUUUGGGACCCUUAUGCACUUAUGCGUUGGCACCUGUGGCACGUUACUCGUCAGUUUGGGACGUUCCUAUACUGACGGCUGCAGGACAGAAUGAUAAUUUCGACUUCAAAAAUCCACAUUAUCGUCUAUUAACUAGAAUGAACGGUUCCUAUUCCCAGAUUGGUUUGGUUUUCUUAAAAAUUCUUUAUAAAUUCAACUGGAAUGUCGUCGGUUUGUUGUUCCAUAAUUACGAGAAUCGAACUAAAGGUAAUUCCGAUUGUUAUUUCACACUUAGUGCCAUUUAUACGGCAUUAGGAAGGACAAGUCAUUAUCAGGACUUCGAUGAAACUUCUCCUAAUCUUAAUUAUGAAGAAAUGUUAAGAAGUGUUGCUCUUAAGGCGCGAAUUAUCGUAAUGUGCGCUUCUCCAGAUGUAGUGAGAAAUAUCAUGUUGACUGCUAAUGAUAUGGGCAUGGUCGAUAGCGGAGAUUAUGUAUUUUUUGAUGUUCAGCAAUUCACCAGUAAAAAGGACAAUAGUCGACCGUGGUAUCGUGCAAGUGAUGAUGCAGAAAGAAAUCAGAAAGCAAAAGCUGCUUACGAUGCUUUAUUGACUGUUACGGCAAGAAUACCAGAUACAAAUGAAUAUGCGGAAUUCUUCCGAGCUGUAAAAAGAAUAGCCAAAGAAGAACGAGGAUAUGAUUAUGGUCUAGAAGAGGUAAAUACGUAUGUAACGGCAUUCCAUGAAGCAGUUAUACUAUAUUUUCUUGCUGUUAAUGAAACUUUAAAUGAAGGUUAUGGAAUAUAUAAUGGCACUGUUAUAACUCAAAAGAUGUGGAACAGAACAUUUGAAGGCAUUACAGGGAAUAUAAAUAUUGAUGAAAAUGGAGAUAGAAUUAUGGAUUAUUCUCUCUUAGAUAUGAAUCCUGUAACAGCUGAAUUUGAGGUGGUUGCUAACUACUAUGGUUCAAAUCAACAGGUGAUUGAUGUUGUUGGUAAAAAUGUGCAUUGGCCUGGAGGUAGAAAAGAUCCUCCACCUGAUGUUCCACCUUGCGAUUUCGAUGGUUCGAAAUGUCUUGAUGAUUCUCUUUCUCAAUAUACAAUUAUUGGAACAAUGCUUAGUACAGUGAUUGUUAUAUUUAGCAUUGCAUCGUUUUUUAUUUAUCGACAUUUUAAACUUGAAGCAGAAUUAUCUUCUAUGACGUGGAAAGUCAAAUGGGAUGACAUUAUUACCACGAAACAGAAUCUUAAUAGAAAACCUGGUUCAAAAAUGAGUCUAAAUCGUAAUAGUAUAAUUGGUGCUAUUGUAGCUAUCAAACCGAUUAACAAAUCUCGAAUCGAAUUAACUAGACCACUUCUUUUGGAAUUCAAGAAGAUGAAAGAUUUACAUCACGAUCAUAUUGUUCGAUUUAUUGGAUCGUGUGUGGAACCUCCUAAUUGUUGUCUAUUAACAGAAUAUUGUCCUCGAGGAAGUUUACAAGACAUUCUAGAAAAUGAUGAGAUAAAAUUAGAUUGGAUGUUUAGAUUUUCUUUAAUGCAUGAUUUAAUUAAGGGUAUGGCUUACCUCCACAGUAGUGAAUUACGUUCUCAUGGAAAUCUUAAAUCAUCAAAUUGUGUUGUGGAUAGCAGAUUUGUUUUAAAGAUUACAGAUUUUGGACUUUAUUCUUUAAGAAGUUAUGACGAAAACGAUAAUGAAAAUUCCUAUGCUUAUUGGAAAAGGAAACUUUGGACUGCACCAGAACUCUUACGCAUGUCUGAUCCACCACCGGAAGGGACCCAGAAGGGUGACGUCUAUUCCUUUUCCAUCAUAUCUCACGAAAUCGUCACACGACAGGGAACAUUUUCUGUAGGAGAUCUCGAACUCAGUCCCAAAGGUAUGACGUCAAUUUACGUCAUUUUAUAUAUCGCGCAAUAUAAUUUCUUUCCUAGAGAAAAUGAAAGCGGUAAUAUUUUAGAUAAUCUUCUUUCUCGGAUGGAACAAUAUGCUAAUAAUUUAGAAGCAUUAGUUGAAGAGCGAACUGCAGACUAUCUGGAAGAAAAAAGGAAAGCAGAAAAUCUUCUCUACGAAUUACUUCCUAAAUCUGUAGCCAGUCAACUGAUCAGAGGAGAGUCUGUAACUGCCGAAGCUUUCGAUAGCGUUACAAUUUAUUUUAGUGAUAUCGUAGGGUUUACUGCACUUUCUGCACAGAGUACGCCAAUGCAGGUUGUGGAUCUUUUAAAUGAUCUCUAUACAUGCUUUGAUUCGGUGAUAGAAAGCUACGAUGUUUAUAAGGUGGAAACUAUUGGAGAUGCAUAUAUGGUAGUUUCUGGUCUUCCUAUGCGAAAUGGUAAUUUACAUGCCAGAGAAAUUGCGAGAAUGUCCAUUGCUCUAUUGAAUGCAGUUAAGUGUUUUACAAUCAGACAUCGACCGCAAGAUCAGUUAAAACUAAGAAUCGGAAUGCAUUCUGGUCCAUGUGUUGCUGGCGUUGUAGGUUUAAAAAUGCCAAGAUAUUGUUUAUUUGGCGAUACUGUCAAUACGGCCUCCAGGAUGGAGUCGACGGGUUUAGCAUUGAAAAUACAUGUUAGUCCGAAAACAAAAGAGAUUUUGGAUACAUUCGGAACGUUUCAAAUUGAAUGUAGAGGAGAAGUGGAAAUGAAAGGAAAAGGUAAAAUGGUGACGUAUUGGUUAAUCGACGAACUUGAAAAUCCACAGCAAUUAGUAAAUAUUGAUAAUCCUAAAGAAACAAGUAUUUGAUAUAAAGAUAUGUUUUAAUUUAUCACUAUAUAUUUUCAUACAAAUUGUCUUUCAUUUCUUGUGUUAUAUAAUUUUCGAAGUGGAAUGUGAUAUAUCAUUAAAGAAACGGGUCAGAAAUCGAAUAUUACUCAUUGCUUUUAUUCUAAUCUAUUAUAUAUAUAUACUUAAAUAUUUAAUAAAAUGAUUUAUUUAUUUCAUUACCUGACACUCAUUUUUUUGAUUAUUUUUAAAAUCAUACGUAGGAACGUAUGAAAGAAAGUUA